CGCCAAGUGUUUGGUUUGAUAAGCGAUAAGAAAACACUCAAGACUUCAGUGAAUGUGGAGAUAAUAAGCCAUCGAUUGAGACAUUAAUUGCAACCAAUUGUUGAGACAAUGCUUACGAAUGUAGUGCUCAGACGUGUCCUCAUGUCGACUCCGCGGUCGGCAGCCGUACGACUGGCCACCACUUCCUCGUCGGUGAGCCCUCAGGACGACUACUUCGCCAAAAACGCGGCGCUGAACCGCCCGGUGAGCCCGUGGAUCAACUACAAGCUUCAGGUCACUUCCGUCCUGUCCUUCAGUCACCGCAUGACAGGUCUGGCCCUAUCGGCGCUCGUCUACGGCGGCGGUAUCGCCGCCCUCUACUCACACAACACUAACUUCGCUCAAGUGUUGCAAUCCAUUCAGACAACGGUUCCGCACUCUCUGAUCUUCACCGUUCAAGUGUUGACUGCCACAUCUCUAGCGUAUCACACACUCAAUGGUGUCCGACAUUUGAGUUGGGAUUUCGGCUAUGGAUUCAGUAUCAAAGAGUUGUACACUUCUGGUUAUCUAGUGAUCGGUUUGACUGUAUUGUCGGCAAUCGCUUUCAUUAUGGCCUCCAAUUAGACUUCAAACACAAUUUGAUUUAGAGAUUAACAAUAAAUAAUUGAAGCAUAAGUUUUAGACCUAAAGUAUUAAUCUUAUGAUAAACCGGAUGUUAUGUUAUGUAGUGUUUAUGUAGUCAUUAAUUGUAUAUAAAAAUCGAGUCAAAUAAAGAUUUGAUUAUUUAUUUCAAAGACUAA